GCCAAGCCGGCGGCCACCAAGGUGGCCGAACGCAAGGCCACGAGCGAUGCCUCUGUUAUUGACCUUGCGGCCGCGGUGUCGAGCCUCAUGUUGGGCAAGCAGAAGGCCGGCGCAGCCCAGCAGCGACGCAAGCUUGCACAGGCGAAGGCCAAGAAUGCAAAGAAUGCUAAGAAGGGGGCGGCGAGCGAGAAGAAGGACGAUGAUGGUGAUGUAAGCGGCUCGGCUGAGGAGACCGCCGAGACCGAUGCAGCGUUGGAAGAGUAUGAAGAGGUGAACGAGGACGAGGAGAUGAACGAGCUUGAGCGGGCUUCUGGCAGCGAGGGCAAGCAGGGCAAGCGCAAGAGAAGCUUCGGUUCCAAGCCACCAGCCAAGAACCAGGCGAAGAACCAGGCGAAGGACCACGCGAAGAACCAGGCCAAGAACCAGGCGAAGAACCAGGCGAAGAACCAGGCGAAGAACCAGGCGAAGAACCAGGCGGACGCAGAGUCGAUCGAUGCAGCCCCAAAGGGGAAGGCGAAGAAGUCCGUAGCCAAGACCAAAGCAAAGCAGGGCGAUGAUGGCGAGGGGAAGAAGCCGCUCUUUGAGUCCUACCUGGGUCGCCAGUGGGUGGAGUUCCGGGAUUCCCAGAUGGUCGAGCUCAAGAAAAGCGGGAUGCCGUUCCGGGACAUGAUGAAGGAGAUCAGCCGGAA